AUGAAUAAAGUUUAUUUUAUAUUUAUAUUAUCAUUCUAUUUGAUUAAUAUUUGUUUAUCACUUGAAUUAAAUUCAGGUUCAAACAACGUUUCACUACAAUGCACUAAGGAUAUAAAUAGUAUGAUGAGCUUUGCAAAUCUAAUGGAUGAUCUUCAAUUAUGGGCCUACUCAGGAAGAGCUCCAAAUGAUCUUGGAAAUAUUGAUGGAUGUUUGGGACUACCUUCCAAUGUAUCGCAUUAUUGUAUAUAUUCUACAAGUGUUCCAGUUUCACCAAGUAUUAACACCACCUAUAUCAUUGGUCUAUGUAUUCCACCAAGUUGCAAUACUACUGUUGAUAUUUCGAGUGCUCUUACUACUUUUCUAGAAACAAUGUCCAUCAUUGCACCACCAGGAGGCGAUCCACAAUCGAUAUGUUAUUCCGAAAUUGGUCAAUCCUACAAGAAUUGGACAACUGGUGCUUAUGUUGUUCUAGGAGUUUGCAUAUUCUUUGGAGUCUUGGUGUUGGCAGGAACAGGAAUCGAAUUCUAUCAAAACAAUAUCUCUGGAUUACUAAAGAAAGACGAUGACCAAUUUGAAGGAUUAAUAAGUGGUAUCACAAAUAACAAUCCAAUUUCAAUUAGACAAGAUCUAUACGAAGAGAUUAAUGAAACGCCGUUGGUUGUUAAAUUGCUUUUGUCAUUCUCGCUUAUCAGUAAUUAUAAUUCCUUCUUUGGUUCGUCAUCUACAAAACGUCAUUUCGAUACACUCGAUGGAAUUAGAACUAUUUCUACUAUCUGGGUACUAUUGGGUCACUCUCUUCUAUUUGCCAAUUCCCCUGGUUAUGAUAACUUGGCAUAUCUAUACUUAAAAGCCAGAUCCUUCUUUUCAUUCCAAGCAAUUCCAUCUGCCGAGUUUGCCGUCGAUGUUUUCUUUAUGCUAAGUGGAUUUUUAGUGGCACAUUCUUUACUCUCACAUCUCAAUUCAGAGCAAUCGAAAUCACCAUUUUUCUGGUUUAAAUAUGUAAUUCAUAGAAUCAUUCGUUUAUCACCACUCUACUACUUUUUGAUUUUUGUUGAUUGGCAACUGAUGCCACUGUUUGGUACCGGACCGUUGUGGUUCCAAUAUGCCGAGCAGAAGAAUGCAUGCCAAGAGUACUGGUGGACUAACCUGCUGUACAUCAAUAACUUACAUCCAUCUAUCAUGUCCAAAGAGUGUUUCAGCUGGGCAUGGUAUCUUGCCAACGAUAUGCAAUUCUAUUUGAUCGCACCAUUCGUGUUACUGGCAUUCCGUUUCAGAAAAGCAUUUGGAUAUCUCAUUGUUGCUGUACUUUUGGCCAUCUGCUUCACAACAAACAUUUGGUUGACAAUGAAAUUCAAUAUUCCAACUUUCUUUCAAUUCGCAGUGCCAACCACAACCUUUACCACAGAUAUCUAUCAGAAACCAUGGACCAGAAUCGGACCGUAUGCAGUUGGAAUUGCUGUUGCUUUUCUUUAUACACAUGAAACCACCAAGAAGGUGUACGACAAACUCUGGUUUAGAUUGACAGCUUACUCAUUGGCCUUUGGAAUCACCUUUUUCUUCACCUAUAUCCCAUACACCAGUUUCCAAGGAAGUGGUUGGACAAAAGUAGACAAUGCUCUCUACAAUGGAUUUGCACAUACCAUGUUCACAGUUGGUUUGGCAUUGUUCAUGGUGGCGACUUUCUAUGGACACGGUGGACUGAUGUCAGCUUUCCUCAGACUAAAGAUAUUCAACUAUCUAUCGAAACUAACUUACGCCACUUAUCUUGUUCAUCCUAUUGUGCUUUACACCUACUAUUACUCACGUACAACAUUCCUACACUACUCUCCAAUUGAAUUCUCAUGGUUGUUUGCAGGUAACAUCUUAUUUGCAUUCUCGAUUGCUUUUAUCAUUCAUUUAACAAUAGAAAAACCAUUCAUUCAAAUCGAACGUUUGAUCUUCCCGCCAAAAAAACAAAAUUCUUCCCCACCACAAAAAGAAUACCAAAAUUAUUCUUCUUUAUUGAUUCAAAAAGUCUAA